ACACAGAAGGAACAAGUCUUCUAUUGCUUUAUGAAAUCUCUUGAUACUUGAUAGCUUUCUUAUAGUCACCUCUUGUGGUUUCCUCUCACGGGCAGAGUGCUAGCUCAUGUUUCAUGAUUCGAGCUCCAUAGUGGUGGAGACAUUUUGUUAGCUCUUGUCUGAUUCUUUGUGGCAGGUACCUCUCCCUCAUAUUAUUUACAAAAAUGUCGCUGCAUUUUUGAGCGACUAGAAAUACUUGGUAAGAUUAUCCACAUAUUUUCAGGCAAGGAAGAGGUGCGGAGAAACGACCAGGGACAAGGAGGGGUUGAAAAAGACACUGGGGAGGAAAACGGAAACGGGUGACCCGAAUCUGACGUGGGAAAUGGCUGGCCAGGCAAAUCUUAUUCCUUUCUUGAACUCCGUUAUAUUUUAACAGUCGUCUAAUCCAACUCACUCUGCAUCAUCUCUGGUUUUCCUUCUCCAGCUGGUACUUCAAUGGAAGCUCUCGCCACUUCCCGCCACCACAUCCCUCUUCCUCUCCUUCAAUCGCCACCUCAAAUAUCAUCUACCCUUUCUUCUUCGUGUUACCGGAAUCUGAGUUUCAGCGCGGCCAACAAGCCGUCGCGAUCCUCCUCUUCAUUCGGAACCGCUUCGAGCCCCGGACUAGUGCGUCCUUCCACCUCCUAUUCCAGCAUCAGAUGUGGUGCAUCUUCUUCGUCUUCCGCAAUUACCCAGAUUACAGAAGCCGAGUUCCCGUCCGUUGUACUCAGCUCCGACCGGCCCGUCCUCGUCGAGUUCAUUGCUAGUUGGUGCGGCCCUUGUCGCCUGAUCUCUCCCGCCAUGGAGUGGCUAGCCAAGGAAUAUGCUGACAGAUUGACCGUUGUGAAGAUCGAUCACGAUGCCAAUCCGAAGCUAAUUGAAGAGUACAAAGUAUAUGGAUUGCCCGCAUUGAUGCUCUUCAAGGAUGGACAGGAAGUUUCCGGGAGCCGGAGGGAAGGUGCUAUUACGAAGGCGAAGCUCAAAGUGUAUGUUGAUUCACUCUUGGACUCCAUCUCAGUUGCAUAGUAACUUACAGCUAUUAGCAAGUAGUAGCAUAUGUUGAAAACCGUCCUUCCCGCCGGUCACCGGUAGGAGGAAUUUUUGCUGCAUUUGGCUGUGUACUAAUGUCAUAUAUGAACACUUAACUCUCCAUUGGGGGGAUAUGCUCUAUUAUUUGUUGUGGUCUUGUGGAUAUAUAGCUAUUGUGGCAAAAUACCACUGCAAUUGAAUGAAGAGGAAACCCCUUGUUGAAUGGGUUGUGGCUUCCAUCAUCUUGAAUGUAAAGCUUAUUACUUUUCGGCAGUGAUAUGCUUGACCUCGAUGUUCUUUGUUUGGGAAACUUUUCUUGGGAACUUUUCUUUUAAGUUGGUCUGCAGGGCAGUGUCUAUGGCGGAACAGAGAGAAAGAGACAGAGGCAGAGUAACAAACUAAUGCUUGCUUG